CUUGAAGUAAAAGGAAAGGAGGUUCGAUCAGUGCCCGCGAGAUCGCCCGCGCAACCGCACGUAAGACGUUCGCGCCAUCUUGCACAACGCCCGCCAAAACUUAUAUUUUUCAAAGUGCUUUCUGUAUUUGAAAAAUCGAACGUGACAGUUGUUUGUUAGUGGACUUGUUUUUAAGUUUUUUUACGUGACCACCAAGGAGGCUUUGGACAAUCAAGAUAAACUGUGGACCGUGGAAUAGUUACGACAGUGAAUUAUGUUAGUGUGUUGUUUCUACAAUGACAAGAUAGCAGUGUUAACGAUCAAAUCGUUCACGUGAUGCCAACACGUUAUUUACAACCGAGACUGUUGGCUUAGUGAGUUGACAUUUCGCUUCAAUGCCGCGUGUGUAGGCAAUGGCUUUGACAAACUUCACGCUCACGGGCGUCGGUACGGCCACGCCGGCGUUCGUAUCUACCACCGCAUCAUCACCCCUACGAGUCGGACUUGAUGACUUAUUAUAUUCACCUGAUGAAUAUCAACAAGAUGUCCCAGCACAACCUUCAGAAAAUGAACCAUUCAUUCCACCAAACCAGCGUCGGCCAAAAGUCAGAAAGCGUGCCGGCACUGCCUAUCUACCGCCACCCAAUCAGUAUAUGCAUUACCAAAACGAGGCUCAACAAAAUCCUUAUCCAGCACCCUUGCACACUCAAGUUUAUCCACAAAACUCAAGAGUAAACGUGCAGAUAGACAAUCAGCGCGUCAAAGAAGUGAAUUCACCGUAUGAUGCGUCAGGGUCAUAUGAUAAUACAGGACAGUAUAUACAUGAUCCUACGGGUGACUAUGAUUAUGAACAGAAAAGAAUGAAUCAGCGCCCGUCUGGCCAACCGUACAAUCCUGGGUACGCGGAUGCGCCAUUUCCACAAGCCAUGAAGCCAAACCCCUCAUCUAGUCGGAGGUUCGAUGAAAAUUCGAAUCAAAAUAUAAAUCAAAAUGUGAAUAACUUCAAUUUCAACAGACCGCUUAGUAGUACCCCAGCCCCAACUAGGCCGCCAAGUAAUCAAGGAAGUCAGGCUGGUGAUGGUAGUCAGGUUGGAAAAAAUCCCCCGGAGAGACCGCGAGGUUUUACUAAAGUGGAAACUAGUGGGUCUGGUGGCAAGACUCAGUUACAUGCAGUUCUCGAUUACGACGACGAGGAUUACUAUGACGAUCCUGAUCCAGAUUCCGGCCAACCUUUAGUUACACCUCUUCAGGGUCCAAUCCUCCUUCGCAACGGGUCAGUUCCAGUGGUGCCUCUGACGUCAUAUCGGACGAUCAACAAUGGUUCCUUCUACCAAAUUCCUAUACUAUGGACUGCGCUGUCGUUAGCGUUGGGCUACGAGCUCCAAGGUCAGAUCAUCCGAGGGGUCCCGUGCGUGAAGCGUAACUUUCAGCUGUAUUGUCCAACAGCUGGCAACACCUAUCCAUUAGAUAAAAUAGAGAACUUCAUAGACGAAAACAAAGCUUUAAUAAAGCGGAUGUACGGUUCGUUUACGACGCCGGCUGGGAACCGGGUGAGACGGGCGCCCGGGGUGCCUGAUAUGCAUGACGCUACUGGUGACUCCUACUUCAGACACGCACGCCAAGCUACCAAUACAAGAUUACCUGAUGCGCAAUCCGUCAAUAAUACUGGCAGAGUGGACGCCUGCGAGAGCAAGACAGAGAUAAUGACGCCUUAUUGGGCAUUAAACUCAGCGAGAAAGUUGCGCGCAAUCGUCAACACUAUGCAUUUUGAACAAGCGAUACAUCAGGAAACGUGCAGUAAAACGACAACAGCGAGGUGCACACGUGACUGCGGAUGCGAGCAAAAGUACAAGUGGCACAGGCUCCUCGCGUAUGAUCCCAACGACGACUGUGCAGGCAUAUUCAUGGAUUGGUUCUUAUUCCCAUCAUGUUGCGUGUGCAGAUGUAAUCCUUGAUACCUGCACUGAAAUAUCAUACCCAUCACACUUAUUAUAAGGUCUUAAAUUCAAGACUACAUCGUACACUCAACCUGCUUAAGUGCGCAGUUUUUGCAUAUACCUAUGUAGUUAGCUUUGUGGAACAAUUUACUUAAACCCACAUUUAUAUCAAAGUGGAAAACGGUUCCUAAUUUUUGGCGCCAUAAUGCUUCACAACUUAAAAAUACUUUUGGAAUUGUUUGAUUAAGUGUCGAGAUUAAGAAAAUCUAGAAUUAUCGAUUAUGGACGAUCGUAUUCCAAACCUAUAUAGUUAUUAGGAAAUUUAAGAAUACGAGAAAUGUAAUGUGUUAUCUAUUUGAAUUUAUUAUCUACGAUUUUACUUUUCCUUCAUAAUUCCUUAAAUGGCGUCAGCGCUCUUACUUUUUCUGCCAGUCACAAUUUCUACACAACUCAUCCUCAUAUAAAUAUCUAAAUAAAUCUGA